GCCCUUGUUCAGUCUGUCUGCGAAACAAGUCGGAUCCAUACGUGCCCACCAAAAGGAUAUAUAAUCUAAUUUUAACAAGAAGGACCUGCUAUCCCAGCCGAUAUCCCUAUCCUGGUUAUCCCCAACGGAAUACAAAAAGGAUACGCGAUCAGUGGACCAAAGUGAAAUAGGUAGCCAUUGAAAAGUGUUUUACCUUACCCAAAAUUAAACAACGUUCGAAUAAGUGUCAUACGAAAUAUCGGCCCCAUACAGACUGAGCCUAAAUAAAGCAAAAGGCAGAAUGCCCAAAAAAGCCCUUAAGGAGACGGCGGCGGGCGAAGAUGGAGACAUUGUGAUCUCGGGUCUGUCCGGGAAAUUGCCGGAGAGCAGUAACAUCGAGGAGUUUAAGUACAACCUGCUCAACGGCAUCGACAUGGUCACAGAUGAGCCCCGCCGAUGGGAAGCAGGCAUUUAUGGACUCCCUGAGCGCAUGGCCAAAAUGAAGGACUCCGAUCUGGAGAAGUUCGACGACAAGUUCUUCAGCGUGCAUCAGAAGCAGGCGGAGCUGAUGGACCCCUGCAUGCGGAUGCUACUGGAGCUGACUCACGAGGCGAUCAUCGACGCGGGCAUUAAUCCCGCCCAGCUACGAGGCAGCCGGACCGGCGUCUAUAUUGGUCUCUCCUUCGUGGAGACGGAGCACGAGAUUCCCAACAUGGAGCCGAGCAGCAUUAAUGGGUAUUGCCUGACGGGAUGUGCGCGGGCCAUGUUCGCCAACCGGAUCUCCUACACGUUCGACUUCAAGGGUCCCAGCUUCAUCGUGGACACCGCCUGCUCCAGUUCGCUGGUGGCCCUGAAUCACGCCUUUGCGGACAUGCGGGCGGGUCGCUGUGAUUACGCCCUGGUGGCGGGGGUGAAUCUCAUCUUGAAGCCAAUCUUUGCCCUGCAGUUUCUCAGGCUAGGAAUCGUGAGCCAUGACGGCGCCUGCAAGACCUUCGAUGCGGCGGCCAAUGGUUAUGCCCGGGCGGAUACCUGUGCCGUGGUUCUGCUCCAGAGGCGGAAGGAGGCCAAGCGGGUCUACGCCAGCAUCCUGAAUGUCCGCACAAACACAGAUGGCUUCAAGGAGCAGGGUGUGACUUUUCCGGAUGGCCGCAUGCAGCAGGCCCUCCUGCAGGAAACGUACAGCGAGAUUGGCCUGAAUCCGGACGAAGUGGUCUACGUGGAGGCCCACGGCAGUGGCACGCCCGUGGGCGAUGACCAGGAGGCCAACAUGCUUAGUAACUUCUUCUGCCGACCCUCACGAUCCAGUCCGCUCCUUAUUGGCUCCGUAAAGUCCAACAUGGGCCAUGCGGAGCCGGCUUCUGGGGUGAGUGCGCUGGCCAAGAUGAUAAUCGCCAUGGAGGAGGGGAUUAUCCCAAAGAAUCUGCAUUACCGAACCCCCAAUCCUUCAGUUCCGGCUUUGGUCGAGGGACGCCUCAAGGUGGUGGAUCGGAACCUGCCUUGGCAGGGUGGCAUUGUGGGCCUGAACUCCUUUGGCUUUGGAGGAGCCAAUGCCCAUGUGGUGCUUAAGUCGCAUGCCAAAUCCAAAGUGCCAAAGACAUCCUCAAACGCAGCGGAGGCGGAACAAUCCCUGAGAUUAGUCACUUGCUCUGGGCGCACGGAGGAGGCAGUGCGGCAGCUCUUAAAGGUGGCCACAGAUCAGUGUCACGAUCAGGAGUUGCUCACCCUCAUCAAUGACAUCCACUCGCAUCCGAUUCCGUUGCAUCCUUUCAGGGGAUACGCUGUUCUGGACGCCAGUGGGUCUGUUAAAGAGGAGGUGCUGGAAUACGAAGAGGAGGAGCGACCCAUUUGGUUCGUUUACGCUGGCAUGGGCAGCCAGUGGGCCAGUAUGGCCAAGGAUCUCAUGCAGCUGACCGUGUUCAAGAAGUCCAUACAACACUGUGCCAAGGUUUUGGCGAGGGUGGACUUUGACCUUAUCGAUGUGCUAACCCGCUCCACGGAUCGCACCUUCGACAACAUGUUGUAUUCCUUCGUCUCUGUGUCCGCCGUACAGGUGGCAUUGACGGAUCUUCUCCGGACUUUGGACAUCCGACCAGAUGGAAUCAUUGGGCACUCGGCCGGGGAGCUGGGCGCAGCCUACAUGGAUGGUUGUCUUACGGCGGAACAAACCGUGUUGGCCGCCUACUGGCGUGGCAGGAGUGUCCUCGACACUCCAAAUUUGCCGCGCGGGAAAAUGGCAGCCGUGGGUCUCAGCUGGGAGCAGAUCGAAUCGCAUAUCCCGAAGGAUUGCUAUCCAGUGUGCCACAACAGCGAUGAUAACUGCACAGUUUCUGGGCCAUCGGAUUCAAUGGACGUGAUGGUAGAUAAGCUCAAGGCGGAAGGAAUCUUUGUCAGGGAAGUGGGAUCCGGAGGCUAUGCCUUCCACAGUCCGUACAUCGAAGGAGCAGCUCCUAUGCUACGCAGAAAUCUAGAGAAACUAAUUAAGGAACCCAAAAAGAAGAGUCACCGAUGGCUGAGCACCAGCGUCAAAGAAACGGAGUGGGACACUGAGAAGAAUCAUCUGGCCUCCGCUGGCUACUUUAUAAACAACCUGAUCUCUCCGGUGCUUUUCUACCAAGCGAUCAAGAAGAUCCCACAAAAUGCCUUAAUUGUGGAGAUUGCACCCCAUGGACUUUUCCGGGCGAUUCUCCGCUCUCUGAGUCCGCAGAUCAGCUAUGUGAGUCUCAUGCAGCGGGGUCAUGCCAACAACUUUGAGUUCCUCUUGAGCCAAUUAGGCAGACUCUUCGCCGCCGGCGGGCAACCACAAAUCCUAAAGAUCUCUCCAUCCAUAACCUAUCCCGUUUCCCGAGGCACGCCCAUGCUUGGUUCCCUGGUGGGUUGGGAUCACUCGCAGAAAUGGAACUACCCCAAGUUUAAGGGUGGACGGCAAACUGGACAGCUGAGUGUGGAACUGGACUUGGGCAAGGAGGAAUAUGCCUAUCUGGCGGGACACACGAUCGACGGGAGGAUCCUUUUCCCGGCCACCGGUUAUAUGACCCUGGCCUGGAUGAGCCUUGCCCAACAGCAGGGGCUGGACUACCUGCGCACGCCCGUGCUCUUUGAGGAUGUGGUCUUUCAUCGGGCCACGAUUCUUGGAGUGGGCACCGUGGUGAAACUAACACUCAACUUCUUUCCGGGCAGCAGUGCCUUUGAAAUCUGCGAGGGCAGCAGCCUGGUGGCCUCGGGAAAGAUUCGUCUGGUGACCAAUGUGCAGCAGGAGCAGCUUCAACUGGCUUCACUACCGGGAAUUGCUGGCUCUAACAAGCUAAGCACCAAGGACAUCUACAAGGAGCUACGACUGAGGGGCUACGACUACAGCGGUGUUUUCCAGGGCAUUUUAGAGUCAGACAUUGCGGCAAUAACUGGUCGCCUGCAAUGGGCUGAUAACUGGAUCAGCUUCAUGGACACCAUGUUGCAGUUCCGCAUUCUAAGCAACAACAUCCGCGAACUGUACGUUCCCACGGGAAUUGAGAGGGUGCUGAUUGAUCCUCUGAAGCACUUAGAGCUGGCCAAGAAGAGCCAGCAGAAGUUGACUGUCAACUGGCACCGCAACAUCUCGGUGGUCAAAUGUGGUGGCGUGGAGAUCCACAAGAUGAAAACCGCUCAGACACAGCGACGAUCUGGAGGGCAAUCUGCGCCCAGCUUGGAGCGUUAUAGGUUUUGGCCUCAUAUUCAGCACAUGGGACAGCGUGAAGAUCAUCAAAAGUCAAGGGGCACGGCUCUGGCUGUGGCCAUUCAACUGAUCAUCGAGAACAGCAAUGGAGCCGUGAAAAUUAAGGGCGUAGAACUGGCUGGAACUCGAACCAGUUUGGAUACUCUAAGUGCCCUGCAGCUCCUAGAACUAAUCGAACGAGAACCCGUCCUUGUAGGUGAUCUUACAGUAGUCAGCACCGCCUCCAGUGAAUCAGAGCUCAGGGAGCAACUCAAGGAACAUGGAAUUGGGGUGACAGCCAAAGAUAUCGCAGAUGGUGCCGUGGAUCAGCAGUGUCACUUUGUCUAUUCUGUGGAUACUCUGGCGAAAAAUUCUCUCAAGGAUCUCCAGCACUGCCUGGAUAGCCUUAAAUCCGAUACGGGCUUUCUGCUCCUGGAAGAAGCAGCCAGCAGGUAUAACAUUAUAGGAAAGGAGAAGUUGAGUAAACUUAAAUUGGUGUCUGUUUUCGAGCAGUUCUUUGGAACCGAUCGAGUUCUUGUCUUGGCCAGAAAACCACCGAUUGUUAGGCCCACUGAAGCCCUAACUCUUCAACUGACCAAUAGGCAAUUUAAGUGGGUCAACGAACUAAAAAAUUCUUUGGUGAAAGCCCAGGCUGACCAGAGGAAUCUCUACUUGGUGGCACAGGGUGAACCCCAUUCCGGAGCCCUUGGCUUGGUGAACUGCCUGAAGCGGGAAUCGGGAGGAAACUGGCUUCGCCUCUAUCUCAUUCUAGAUGAAGGCCUUCCCCAGUUUUCUCUGGAGGAACCGUUCUACGCUGAUCAAUUGGCCAAGGAUCUGGCCAUAAAUGUGUACAGAAAUGGAAGCUGGGGCACCUUCCGUCAUUUGAAAAUGGAAUGCCAGCCGCCUCUGCUGCCCGUGGAGCAGGCCUAUGUGAACACCCUCGUGAAGGGCGAUCUCUCCUCGCUUCGCUGGAUCGAGAGUCCACGUUCGAGUCCCACCCAGACGCAUUUAGAACCCUGCACCGUUUACUAUGCUCCGCUUAAUUUUCGCGAUGUGAUGCUGGCCUCGGGAAAACUGGGCGUGGAUGCCCUUCCCGGAGACUUGGCUUACCAGGAUUGUGUCCUUGGGCUUGAGUUUGCUGGCAGAGACUCGUGUGGUCGUCGCAUCAUGGCCAUGGUCACUGCCAAAUCGCUGGCCACCAACUGCUUGGCUAACAAGAAUCUGCUCUGGGAAAUCCCAGCGAAAUGGACCAUGGAGCAGGCUUCGACUGUGCCCUGUGUCUAUGCCACGGUUUACUAUGCCUUGGCUGUGAGGGGACAGAUGAAGAAGGGCGAGAAGAUCCUCAUCCACGCUGGCUCCGGAGGAGUGGGUCAGGCGGCCAUCUCUGUGGCUCUGGCUCAUGGACUGACCGUCUUCACCACCGUGGGCAGCAAGGAGAAGCAUGAGUUCCUGCUGAAGCGAUUCCCCAAGCUGCAGGCUCGUCACAUUGGCAACUCCCGGGACACUUCAUUCGAGCAACUUAUCAUGACUGAAACCCACGGUAAUGGAGUGGAACUCGUGCUCAAUUCCCUUUCAGAGGAGAAACUCCAAGCCUCGAUUCGCUGCCUGGCUUUGAACGGCCGCUUCCUGGAGAUAGGUAAAUUCGACCUGAGUAACAACACCCCGAUGGGCAUGUCUGUGUUCCUCAAGAACACCUCCUUCCAUGGAAUACUUUUGGACAGUGUGAUGGAGGGUGAGGAGGAGAUGCAACUCACUGUGGCCAAGCUGGUGACGGAGGGCAUUAAGAGUGGUGCGGUGCAGCCGCUUCCAACUACGGUAUUUGCGGAACAGGAAAUCGAGAAGGCGUUCCGUUUCAUGGCCUCUGGCAAGCAUAUUGGCAAGGUGGUGAUCAAAGUGCGUCUGGAGGAGGAACAGCAGGCAGCUUUUCCGCGUCUCCGCCAGAUUCAGGCCAUCCCGCGAUCCUACAUGCAUCCGGAAAAGAGCUACAUUUUGGUGGGUGGACUAGGAGGAUUCGGCUUGGAGCUGGCCAACUGGCUGGUCUCCAGAGGAGCUCGCUUCCUGGUAUUGAACUCACGCUCGGGAGUAAAGAGCGGCUACCAGGCCUUGAUGAUUCGUCGCUGGCAUGACCGGGGUAUCCAGGUGCAGAUCGAUACCAAUGAUGUGACUACCGCUGUGGGCUGCCAGAGAAUGUUGGAGGUGAGCAAUAAAUUGGCCCUUGUUGGAGGCAUCUUCAACCUUGCGGCUGUGCUCCACGAUGGUCUCAUCGAAGAUCAAAGUGCGAAAAACUUUGAGAAGGUGACGGCACCUAAACUAUUGGCCACCCAACACCUGGAUAGGAUUUCCCGAGACAUUUGUCCCGCCCUGGAGUACUUUGUGUGCUUCUCCAGCGUGUCUUGCGGCAGGGGAAACCUGGGACAGACCAACUAUGGAUUGGCCAACUCCACCAUGGAGCGAAUCUGUGAGCAGCGACAGGAAUAUGGUUAUCCGGGUACUGCCAUUCAGUGGGGAGCGAUCGGUGACACCGGCCUGAUCAUCGAGCACAUGGGCAACAACGAAACGGUGGUGGGCGGCACAAUGCCGCAGCGGAUGACCAGCUGCUUGGAGACCAUGGACCUGUUCCUUCAGCAACCCCAUCCCGUCAUGGCCUCCAUGGUGGUGGCGGAGAAGCGCAAGGCGGAGCAGGCCAAUCGGAUGAGUCUGAUAGCCACCAUCGCGAACAUCAUGGGACUGAGGGAUGUGAAGAGUGUCUCCGACAAGACAACCCUCUUCGACCUGGGCAUGGACUCGCUAAUGAGCACGGAGAUCAAACAAACGUUGGAGCGGCACUUUGAUUUGGUUCUAAGCGCCCAGGAGAUCCGCCAGCUGACCUUCAGUGCCCUGCGGCAGAUCGACGCCCAGGAGCCCAGGGAAUCGGUGUCCUCCAAGUCCGCCGCCACCGCUUCACCCACUGCAUCCACUGUCAAGGAGGUGGCCCGAGUGGAAGUGCAACCCCAGAGCGAUGAGACGCGCAAGGUAUUCGCCAAGGAAGUAUUACCCCAGGAGGUGAUGGUGCGCCUCCAGUCGAAGGCACUAGUGGCCAGCGAGGAUCCGGCAGUCUUCUUCCUGGCACCCAUCGAGGGAUUCACAAUAGCCGUGGAGGCGCUGGCCGCCUCGCUCACAUGCCCCGCCUACGGGCUGCAGUGCACGGAACAGGUGCCCCUGGAGUCUAUUGAGGCCUGUGCCGCCUACUAUCUGCGCCAGAUCCAGAAGCUGCAGCCCCUAGGACCCUACCACAUCGUGGGCUACUCCUACGGCUGCCUGCUUGCCCACGCCAUCGGGGUGGCGCUGGAGCAGCGCCGCUUUGGGGUCAAGGUCAUCAUGCUGGACGGUGCGCCCACCAUGGCCAGCGGCUACGUCCAGGAGGCUAAGAAGCAGACGGAUGACCUCAACCGUCAGCAGUCUAUGACUCUGGCCUACUUUGGUGCCCUGCUCGCCGAUGUGGACUACAACCAGCUGCUGCAACUCCUUGACGGAGUCCAGACAUGGGCGUCUAAGCUGGAUAAACUAGCCGACACUCUGGCCGGCCACACGAAUCAAACCAAAGAAGUGAUCAAGAAGGCAGCCUGCAUGUUCAAACAGAAGCUCCUACUUUCUGAAAGUUACAAGGGCGCCAAACAGCUCCAGAGCGAUGUGGUGCUGAUCAAGUCGGCCGAGCACAAUGCGAUAAUGGCCCAGGAUUAUGGCCUCAAGGAGAUUUGCAGUGCCCAGAUCGAUAUGCACGUGGUGAAGGGCACACAUAGGACUUUCCUUAAGGAGCCACACACUCUUCAAAUCAUUGAACGCGUCCUGAGGAAGCGUCCCUAGUGGAAGACCUGUAGUUUGUAGUCCUUUUAAUUAUAUUAUGUUGAUGAAUUAUUCUGUACCUCCUAAUGUAUCCCCUUACCAGACUAAUACACGUAGCAAUCGCGCAUCGAUUGUUUAAGUAUAA